ACCUAGAGCCGACACAAAGACUGAAACAGGCACACUGAGGAGAAGCGUGGGAGGGUGAGCACCAGUGGGGGAAACUCUACGGACACACGGGCACGGGGGGGCCAAAUUUUCCUGCAUAAAACACAGAGGCCGCAUCGCAAAAAAACCUGCGCUGUCGCACGCACACACACACACACACACACACACACGGGCAGUGAACAGGCGACUCCCGGCACCGGCAUGGACUUCCAGUCGAACAUCAUCCAGGACUCUGGGCCUAUGGACAACCUGGAGAAGCAGCUGAUCUGCCCCAUCUGCCUGGAGAUCUUCUCCAAGCCCGUGGUCAUCCUCCCCUGCCAGCACAACCUGUGCAGGAAGUGCGCCAACGACGUCUUCCAGGCUGCUAACCCGUACUACUCGUCCCGUGGCACCAACAUCACAGGGGGCCGAUUUCGCUGCCCCUCCUGUCGACACGAGGUGGUCCUGGAUCGACAUGGAGUCUACGGCCUGCAGCGCAACCUGCUGGUCGAGAACAUCAUCGACAUCUACAAACAGGAAAGCAGCAGCCCGCGGCCCAUGAAAACGAAGGCGGAGCAGCCCAUGUGUGAGGAGCACGAGGAUGAGAAGAUCAACAUCUACUGCCUCACCUGCCAGGUGCCCACCUGCUCCAUGUGCAAGGUGUUCGGGGCCCACAAAAACUGUGAAGUCUCGCCCCUACAGAGCGUCUACCAGAAACAGAAGACAGAGCUGUCUGAAGGUAUUGCAGCCAUGGUGGCUGGAAAUGAAAGGAUCCAGGCCAUCGUGACCCAAAUGGAGAAUACCUGCAGAGUCAUUGAGGAGAACAGUCAGCGUCAGAAGCAGUUGCUAGGGGAGACGUUCGAUGGGCUGUACGCGCUGCUGGAGGAGAAGAAGGGUGAGCUCCUGGCCCGGAUCUCAGUGGAACAGGACACCAAGACGGCCUUCGUGCGCGACCUGGCCCAGAAGUACCGCCAGCAGCUGGAGAGCAGCUCCACCCUCAUGCAGACCGCCCUCUCCUCCAUGGAUGAGCCGGGAGAAGCCGGCUUCCUACUGAAUGCUAAAAAGCUUCUGAACGAGAUAGCCAGUGCCUCUCGCCUGAACGCAGCUGAACGAAUCGAGCCGGGGUACGAGAACAUGGACCAUUUCACCGUGGACACCCAGCAAGUGGAGGAGCUGCUGAGCACCAUGGAUUUCGGUGUGGAUGAUGAAGACUUUGAGGAUGAAGAAGGGGAUGAGGAGGAAGAAGUAGGGGAAGAAGCAGAGUGACCAACGGGAGGUGAACAGUGACAGUCCAGCAUGAAACAAGAAACAAGAUGCUGCUCUGGGGUGAUUUAAGCAGUGCUGACGGUGGUCAAAAAGGACGUGAAAGGAAAGGACAGGGAAGGUGCUGACAGAUGAGAAGAAGAGGAGGAGUUGGGGGGAGGGUGGAGGUGUUUGCUGUCUCAGGUUUUAAACACUGCAACCUCGGGAGAAAUUCCAGGAACAUUCUCUCUCUCUCGCCCCCCUCUCUUUCUCUGUCUCUCUUUUUCUUCCUCUCAGACAUAACCACACACACAAUGCAUAUCAGCCCUCUUUAGUGGAGGUAAAGUGAUAAAAGACAUUUCUAAACUCAACCAAAAGGAGACUCAGGCACAGUGCUUAGCUUUAAAACUGGUGAAUGAUAUCCAAUUGCCGAAAUUGAGGGUUUCCUGGUAGGCAGCGCCCCCUGCGGCUGGUGCUGUGAAAUGCCUCCGAAUCCUCAGACCAAGUGGGAAAACCUGCUUGCAUCAUGCCAUCAUUUUCUUCAUCAAUAGAAUGUUCUUUUUAUAUAUAUAUACAUGCAAUGGUGCAAAAUUAAUGUUUUGUACUUUUUAUAUUAUUGUUAUUAAUGAUUAAAAUAAUCAUUACUGUUGUUUUGUAUAUGAUGUCAAGAGUUGCCACGUAUUUUUACGCUGAAGGGUGUAAGGUGUGAAAAGACGGGGAGACCUGGAAGCGGGCAAGCACAUUUGUUUACGCUGGAAAUGUGGCCGAAAGCACGUACUGUACCGUAGGGGGCGGGCCAAAGACCCAGUCCCGUAGAAGUUUUGUGAUGUGUAGAUUUGUUUGCGAGAGCAGAUUAAGAUGUUCGGUGCAGACAUCAGAAGGUGCCAUGUUCAGGAAAAAAACGCACCUACAGAUUGCACUGAGUAAAUAUAUGAAUUGCACAGUGAAAUAAAGUGUUGUUCUUCAUG